UGUCGCUGCAGUCUAAAGGUGCCAAACUUCUGUCAUUGUUUUAAACUUAAUUGUUAGAUUAUAUUUUAAAUAGAGUCUCGACGCCAUUUGGCUACAUUAUUUCGACACUAAUUGGGACUGCCCAUUAAGUUUGGAUUUGGAUUUCAUCAGCACGUAAAGUGGCGCCAAAAUGACAUCCGUGGAAUGGAGCGCUCUCCAGCCAGGGAGCCGUCCGAGUCCUGACAGUAUUAAACAAUGGCAGCUCAACGGAAAAGAGCACACACCAUUUUCAGCAGAAGAGUCUUGGUCUGGAGUUACAACCCCUCGGUUUAGUGCCUGGACACCUGUAACAAAUAAGUCGUCCAACCAACAGCUUUUUCAGGAGAGAACAACCCUCAUCCUUCACUGGUUUGACCUAUGGACAGACAAACAGCGGAAAUAUGUUCUUCAUCAGCUCUUAAGAAGAUGCUCUAAGUCCCAGCUCAAAUUCAUCAGUGACUAUUUCAUGGAAGCAGUCCCCAUCACUCGACUGGACUUCACCACUGCGCUGCCACGCUUUCUCUCCAUAUACAUCCUAUCCUUCCUGAACCCCAUGGACUUGUGUGCUGCAGCCCAGGUCUGCUGGCACUGGAGGUUUCUAGCAGAGCAGGACUGCUUGUGGUCUCCAAAGUGUGUUCGACGAGGUUGGUUCCUUCCCUACAGCCCAUCAGAUAAAGAGUACGGUGCCUGGAAAAAACACUAUGUGGCCUGUGCUGGUAGCCUUGAUUUUCUAUCUCCACGUGAAGCAGCAGACAUCUAUGGUACUCUGAAUGAAACUUUGACUGAGCCUGAAGAGCAGAAGGAGAGAAAAACAGAAAACAUCAUCAGACAAACUAUCCGGGAGAAGAUAGUGGAGCAUAAAAGAGCUGCUUUAAAGACCAGGAGAGCUUGGUUAGCUAACAGCUUAUCUGGAGGAACAUAUGCCAGCAGUGUCAGACAGAAGUCUAGCAUGCUGCCGCUGAGUCUUACAACUGCUCUUCUCCAACUGGGGGAUAAGUACCGCCCGGAGAACUUAUCCAGCAUGAAAGAGCACAGAGCUCAGCUGAAUUCCACUCUAAGUUCGACUGUCAAGAAGACUUGGGCCACCAGCUCUAUGAAAACACUACCAAUAAGCUUGCCAUUAAAGUCACAUAUCAGGUCCAAUGAUCACCCUCCAGUUCACCUGCUACUUGUGUCAUCCAGAAUUCCUGCAUAUGAGCUGGUGCUGUGUGGAGCUCUGGUCCAUGUGGUGCCAUUGUUGUAUGACUACAGUGGAAUGACUUUGGAGGCUCUUCUCUCUCUGGUUGAGAGGGCUAUAGAAGGCAGAACAGUGCAGAGUAUCGGCAUUAUGGCCGAAGGAAGCACUGAGGAGAUUUGCCUUAUAGAAGGCCUGAGCAUUACUGAGAAAACUAUUUUGAAGCCGUGUGUAAGGGAAUUCUGGAAAAGGCUUUGUGGCUGGGUGGUCCCUGCCUCAGAUACCGGAACUUUGGAUGUCUUUGCUCCUCUGGCUGCUUCUGUUGCAGGGGUGGAGCUAAUAAGCAUACUGGCCACUCUGAGUGGAUUGAGUGUCAGGGCACCCACAGGAAUCUGCACUGGCUCCUACCAACACAUUCUGAGUGACUGGUCAGGGAAUGGUGACUUUCCACCCCUGCUGUAUCUGAGAGAAGGGCCCUUGCUGAGCUGGUGCAGACAGGCAGAGUGGAUUGAGCAAUCUCUGGUAAACCUAAGAAAACAGCUGGGGCCACAACUGCAGCUCUUGAGUCAAGAGAGCAGAGGCCGCACACUGGGUCUGUUCCUUUGGGAUCAUAUAACCUUGCCUUUGUUCACGCUCAAAUCUGAAGUUACGCAAGUUCUCAUAGAGGGUCUUGUGGCACUUAUCAAAGAAAAAUCAGAUAAUCCACUGGAGUUCCUGGGAACUUUUCUAUUGAAGAUAUGUGCGGAAGGCGCUGUGAAAAAACAUGACCUCAUCACUGUUACAAAGAGUGUGUCGAACAGGCUCCCAAGCUCUAUUCCAGUGGUGCCAGAGGGUCUGUUAAGUGAUGCAGACUGGCGUGAUGCCAUCUGUAGGGAGCUUCUGAAGAGUGAGAGGGCUUAUGUGCGUUUGCUGCAGGCCAUACACACAGUGUAUUACAUUCCACUCAGAGCGGCUUUGGACUCCAACCGAGCCAUCAUCAGCUCGGCCAACCUUCUAAUGCUCUUCAGUCCUUUGCUGGACAUCUUGGAGUGCAACAAUAUUUUUCUGCAGGACCUCACAGAGAAGGUGGAAGAAUGGAGUCUUCUGCAGUGUGUGGGUGGUGCAUGUGUCAGGUUCUGCACCAAGCUACGGGCCUACACUAAUUUCUUCAAUAACUACCCCACUGCCAUCAGGACCAUUGACAAGUGUAGAGAGGUUCUUCCUGCAUUCCGAGCCUUUCUAAAGAGACACAACAGGACCCUUGCUACUAGAAUGUUAAGCAUCCAAGAGCUGUUUCUGAGUCCAUCCUUACGAGUGGAGGAGUAUGUGACUUUGCUUGAGGCUUUAAUGCUACACACACCACCUGAACACCCUGAUCACACACACUUGUCCUCUGCAUUCAACACACUAGUGAAUUACAGGAGCUUCAUCCGUAAGUUGAAAAAGACUUCUGACCGAGACCUGAAAAUGCUAGAGGCUCAGCGGACCAUCCAGAGCUGCCCAACUCUGCAAGAAGGAGGCCGGUACCUGAUCACCACACAGGACGUAGCAUUACUGAGCUGCCUUAAUGAAGACAUUGUUCCCUCCCUCAGGAUGUAUGAGUGUGUAAGUGAGCUGGGUCUGUUCCUUUUUAAUGAUGCCCUGGUGCUGACUGAGAGGAGAGUGUCUCACAUGCCGUUCAGGUUGGCUGUAAAUACCUCCCACACAUUCCUGGCUUCCAUAGCUCUGCACAGCCUCAGUCUCUCUGAGAUAGUGGACACAAAGUAUGUGCAGAAUGCUUUUCGCUUGGAGAGCCCAAAGCGCCAGUGGAUCUGUGCCACGGACAGAGAGGAGGACAAGAUCAGAUGGCUGGGUGCUUUACGAAGUGCUAUAAAUUCAGCCAAGCACAAUUACGGCAGCAAUGGGUCAAUAAAGUUUAUGUCAGCAGGGUAUUGA